AUGAAGUUGGUAAAGUCUAUGUCCCUAUUUUUCCCAUGAGGUUUCUCUCUCUUUUUCACGCUGUUUCUUCUCUCUUGAUCUCUUCCUUAUCUUGCAGACAUGCCUAAGCAGAGGGCAAGGCUUCCAUUGCCCCCCAUGUCACAUGAUUGACCUUGGCGGAUUUUGCAUUCUCCUUGAGUGCCCUAUAGAUCUAUCUGCUCUUACUGCCUUUGCCCCCAUCAUGGCCACCACAUCUGAAGUUGGGAUGGGUAGUGAUGAGGAAGAAGAGGAAGGAAAGGAAGCCUCCCUAUCAGUGGAUGGCCUGAUAAAUUCUGUUCCGUGGUACAAGACAGUUGGGAGCCUGGGGCUGUGGGAUGUCUCCCUCAUUGAUGUUGUUGUGAUUUCGAGCCCAAUGGGAAUUCUUGGAUUGCCAAUUCUGACACGUAACAGCAAUUUCUCUGCCAAGGUGCUGAGAUGAACUUAAAAAGUUUUACUUUAUCUUUCCUCUUUUGGCAAAUGCUAGUAUAUAGCUUUUGAAAAAAAUAAAAUCGUUGAUUACAUUGCAUUUUUUCUAUCUAGAUUUAUGCGACAGAGGUAACAACAAAGAUCGGACAGCUUAUGAUGGAGGAUCUUGUCACUAUGCAUGAGGAAGCUCUUCAGUUUUUUGGUCCUGGGGAAGAAUUCAAAUAUCCUGAAUGGAUGACAUGGAAUGAAUUGGAAAAAUAUCCCCAGGUUAUAAGAACCAUUGUUAUGGGGAAUGUGGCAGAGGAAUUAGGAUCAUGGUUCCCUCUGUACAGGUACCUGUCUAGCUUCUUGUCACUCAUAUCCCGUCCUUUAUAGUUCAUACUUCAAGUUGUGUUUGUGUUUUUGACGACAGCAAAGCACUCAACAUGCAUUGUGAACCUGCCUGCUUUUAUAUUCUCUGUCUACCCAGAUAUAUCUUCAUUUCUCCACUCUGGCUAUUGUCUACUGGUAGCUGUCGAUAAUCCUAUAUAUUGGUUUCUGGUUUGAUCACUUCCUUUUCAGCUGCAUGACAAGGUAACUAAAGGAAUGGAAAUAAACAUUGAUGAAUGGAAAUAGUAUUUUUAAUGGGAACAUGGAAAUGGGAAAGAAAUAGCAGAAGGAUCAGCAGAUAAACUUGAUUAAUUGUAAAGGAAGAGAGGAAUAGUAGAUGUUUAAAACUUCAAGAGUUGAUAUUAACAGCGGACAGUGAAAAUACAAACUGUUAUGAAUAUGGAAGGGCUCUAGCUGUAUAGUACCCAUACUUUGUGCCCGCAUAUGUGAGUAAGUGCUAUGCUAUGACCCUCCAAAAUGGUAUAUCUGAGUGAGUGCUAUAAGCUUGCACUUAACGGUGCUUUAGAUACAAAAGAAGAUUUAAGAAACGGUAAUUUUUGACUUUUCAACAAACAACAAGCCUUGCAAGUCGUUUGAGUGAGGUGCUGAGUCAUUGUCAAGCUAAGUUCUAUCACUCUAUAAUAGUUCUUUUGGAAAAAAAAAUAGGGCCUUGCAUGAAACGUCUCAUAACAUUUGCUUUAGCACGUUCGAAUGAAAAUCUGACAGUACUUGAUUUAUUUUAUCUUUAACUAGCAUGGUAAUAUUAUCCUUGUAGAUUUAUUCCUGUACUUUUUUUCACCAACUUGGGAAUUUAUUGAGGGAGAAAAAAUUCCUCAUUUUAUUGUAUUCAUCAUUGAAAAAUAAGGGUUAAGUUAGAAUGCAAGGGCCACUUGAUAAGGGCUGCACAAUCACUUGGUGAAAGAAGAGACAGUCCAUGGAUUUAGGAAAACUUGUGAUGCACCGAUAUCUGUUGCUGUUGUGUGGCUAUGCCUGGUCUUUCCUCACAAGUUACAAAAAUAGAACUCCCAUGCCUCCUCAGGAUUUACCUUGUAGCAGCCAGAUGUUAUUAGAAUUGAAAAGAUGGUUUAGUCAACCGAGUCUCUUUAAUUGCCACCCCAUCUUCAAGCUUCCCAUUGAGAGUAGCAUUAUUCACCUGUAGAUGCUGAUGGUAUCAUCAUGUCUGAAACCUACGUUUUACAUGACUUUGGGGUGUCACUAGUCAUUUCUUGUGUAGUUGUUGGUGACGAAGAUACUGCUGGAUUCCUGCCUGAUGAUUUGCGAGCAGAUGAAGCUAUGGGAACUAAAAUUCGCAGCUUUCAUCACGGGCAGGUCACCAUCUUUUUCAGAUUACGCUAGGUAACUUGUUGGCCACAUCUACUUGGAUGUUUGUCAGAUAAAAUUUGGAGACGAGUGCCAAAACUAUAACCUCGAAUACUCCCAUACAGUUCAGAUCAUUUCCUGUCCGCAUUGCGUAAGAUUUUUUAUUUUCUCCUGGGUAAUGCCUAUUUUCUUCAUGGUCAGAAUGCUAAAUUAAUUUUUUUAUUUAUGCUACAUUUGUAUAACUAGUGUUUCAUUUUCUGCUUCACAACUGUGAGAAAUAUAUUGCUUAUUGAUCCUUUAGAGUUGUUUCUUUUCAUGGGGUUGCACUAAUUAGGUAUUUAUGUCAGCAAAGCAGAAAUUGAUGAAUGUAUUAAGAAAGUUCAAACCGCUAAAUAUGCUGAGGAAUGUUGCUACAACAGCUCUCUUAUCUUCAAGGCCUUCAGUUCAGGCUUAGAAAUAGGUGGUGCGAAUUGGACAAUACACUGCCCAGGAAGCAGUGUUACAUACUUGACAAGCUCAAUAUUCAAAUCUGCUACUGCCAUGGAAUUUAACUACCACGACCUCCAGGGGAAUGAUUUCAUAUUAUUUUCAGAUUUUUCGUCUUUUAAUGAUGCUGGAAUGAGUAAUAGUGAAAAAGAACCAUUAGAUGAACCAUCUUCGAUUGCUGACGUGCCACUGAUCAGGUACCCAAUUUAGUUGCGUGAAGAUAAAUACUUUUUUUGUGAUUUCCAUGUUAUAACUUAAAUGUUUCAAAGCAGGGAAGAUAACAAUAAUGAUGAAGAUAGAGAGGGCUUUGCCGCCAGUGUCGAAAUGCUAGAGGAGCUGGAAAAGAUAAAUUUCAUAUCUUCUUGUGUGGUAGAGACUGCCAAAGGAGGGGGCUCUGUUCUUAUACCCAUAGGACGACUUGGAAUUAUAUUACAACUUUUAGAAGUGAUUUCGCAGGCUCUUGAAGCUUUGGAACUCAAGGUGCUCUAUCCUUUUGACUGAUAUGCAGGUAGUUUCCCUUUGGCUUUUGUUAUUUUUGAAUGAUGAUAAAACAUAGAAUCUCUGUCAGGUAACAUAUACUUUCCAAAAUAGUCUCACAGUUACUACUGCCUCUGUAAUGUGGUUCAUAUUGCUGUGAGUGUCCUUUCAUUCAUAUUCAUUAUAACCACGAUAAAAAUUUGUCUUUUCUGUAAUCCUUUUUUUUGUCUUUCACGAAGUUUCAAUUGUUGACUAGUCAGCCUUGAGCCAGAACAUGAGGAAAUAGCAUCUGAAGUUUUCUCAGUCUGCUUUUAUAUGCCGAAUGAUGUUGCAUUGGGGUAUUUAGAUCUUUUGUUGUUGCCAAUUUCGAUGUAUCUUCCUUACAAGAUUUUUUCCAAAGUAUGUGGGUGCAAUUAAUUCUAUAAAUUUUCAACUAGUUGAUAUGAAAAGGAAUAAUGUAGCUAUCAUUAAAAUCAUCAUGCCUAUGGACCUUUCGGGCUAGUCUCCACAGUUUUCUGUUAAUAAUAGAUAACUAAACUGGGGAUCUUAAGUUAUCAUUUUACUCAAAACUUUGAACUGAAUUGGGAUCAACUCAGCCAUCUCUGAACUGAACUGAAUACGAGGAGGCUAUUUUUUUUCUCUUAUAGUAGGCAGCUGGUUUAGGAUAUUCAGUGUUCUUGUUAUGUCCUUUGGCCUAUGGAUAAAUAGUAUGGGGUCAUAUUUUUCCGAGUGGGGUUCGUUUUAGCUUUUGUGACAUGGUGGUAUUAUGCCAAUAAUGAGUUCCUGUUGUUUUCGUUUCUAUAGAAUCAGUCUCCAUCUCCAUAGUCAAUCUCUUGUUUAUCUAUUAUUUUCAUGUGGGAUAAGUCAAGUUUGGGUCAUUCUUUGUCAACAUAGUUUAAUUUUUUUUCCCUGAUGAAGGUACCAAUGUAUAUUAUCUCUUCUGCUGCUGAAGAAAUGCUUGCCUUGGCCAAUGUUUUCCCAGAAUGGGUUUCCAGUGAACGCCAACAAAAGGUCCAUACUUCUCCUUUUCAUGGUGAAAUGGUCAGACUUGACUUAUAUUGCCUUUUGUUACGCGAUUUUUUGUGGUGUUGACUGCAUGGAGUUCAAUCCUCUCUAUAGUUGUACUCCGGUACGUCGUUGUUCGGCCAUGCAGAGCUUACUAAAGAGAGCAAGCUUCAGUUCUUUCCAGUUAUUCAUUCACCCGAUUUCAUGUAAGUUCCUUCCAUUUCCCUCUCUUAAAAUCUUUAUUUGUUUCUCAUGAUCUCUUCAAGUGUCCAAAGUUGAAUAUGUAAGUAUUCAGAAUGCAUUCCGACCAAAUUCAGGCAGAAACAUGGGGAGUGACUUGUUGGGUCCCUUCCCAUAUCCCCGAGGUUUAUCUGUUGCCUAUCUGUAUCGUAUUUGAAAUCCAUAAGAAAUAGGGUAUAGACUUUUAUGUUUCUUCUUCUUUUCAAAUUUCCGAGCCCCUUUUAUUCCUUGGUAAUUUUUGCACACGACAUCAUGAUUCUUCCAUUUAUAAGGAAGUAUAUUCGUCCAGGUGCCUUUUUCCAUCCUAAUAUGCCAUGUUUAAUCUGCAGUGUUUGAUCUACUAGUUCUGCAUCUGGGUUCGCGUUGUCAGGAUGAUUCCAGCUUUUUUAUGAAAUAUUUAACUGGGCUACAGGAAGGGAUUGAGAAUUUUGUUAGAUAAAUAAUCUGCUUUAAUCCUAUAUCGUAGACAGGUUCAUUAUUGCAUCUGCUCAUCUUAAUUCAUGUUUAUCAGUAUUAUCAUCAAGCCCAGACCUAAAAAUAGAAGCAAUCGGGGUAUCUGUAAUCUGCUACUGAAGAUUUACUCCAUUUAAUAAAAGAGAAACGAAUGAAUACCAGGAAUGGGAAUGAUCGAUGCAUGCAGUAUCAGUUUAGGUGGGUGUUUAUGAUGGAAACAAGGUAUGUUCGAAAAUUAUUAAGACUUGGUUUUAUAUUAAAAUGGGUUUUUAAUAUUCAAACGCCUCAUAUUCACUGUCAUAUCCAUAAAACUUCUCAAAAUAGUAUGAUUUAUAUAGAUGGCGUUACUGCUUGAUCUGUGGCCAUGGUUUACCUGCCUUGAACGAGCCUGAAGCUCUCUCUGUUUGCAGGCAGGCAUGGCAGGAGCCGUGCAUAGUGUUCUCUCCCCAUUGGAGUCUUCGAUUAGGUCCAGCCGUUCACCUGCUUCGCCGAUGGCAUGCUGAUGAGAAUUGUUUGCUCAUUCUGGAGGUAUGAAUGGUUAAAACCUGGUUCAUUUCCCAUGUCUAAUCCGGAAACAUGUAGAUCACUCCAUCGGGCAGCAGCCAGCUUCGAUCCACUGAAGAAGAACUCACUGCAAUGACCAUCUCUUCAAUGACCCCGAUCUGAGAAAACCAUCGAUCUGUAAUCUGAAAUCUGAAAUCUCUCGAUUAGAGCAGGAAGACUAUUCUUUGGCAUGUAAUCUGGGCUUUGCUCUCAUGACUUGCAGAGCGGAGUCGAUGCAGAUGUGGCCCUCUCGCCUUUCAUGCCCAUUGCGAUGAAGGUCCUCCGCUGUUCUUUCCUCUCCGGGUUGCCGUACGUGCUCCCCUCGAAACUCCUGAUCUCCGUCUUUCAUCUUGAUCUCCUGAUCUCCAGACUGAGAAACCAGUCGUCUCUUGUCGACAGCAUCCGGAAGGUGCACCCAUUGUUGGAGUUUCUCAAAUCGAAGCACAUCCUGGUGAGAUACUCUGGCUCUAGGUUUUCACCCAUCUCCAAGCUCGCUGUGCAGAAAAGCUCAGAUCUGUGUCCUCUCCUCUCUUUCAGUUCCCUGAAGAUCUCCGGCCGCAUGUCCCGCUCAGGGAGGGGGCCUCGUUCCUGUAUUACUCGGAGAACAGGACGAUGGCCGCUCCGAACCCUAGCGAUGGCGUCGAGGCCGAUCUGUCCAUCGACUUGGCUCGUCAGCUUCGCCCGAGGAGGAUGCUGCAGGAGACAAUGGCGAUCUCGAGGUUGAAGGGGAAGCUUCAGCUGUCCUACGGGAGGCACCUGCUGGCUCCGACAAAGGCCCCGUCCGAUCUCCCCGCGAAGCGGCUGCUCUGGGGGCCGGUGGACCGGAGCCUGCUGCUCCACUCGUUAGCGGAGAAGGGGAUCAUCGAGAGCUCCGUCGAGCAAGACGAUGGCGGCCGCUGCAGAAUCUUCGUUCAGGAUGGCGACCGCAGAGCCGUCGUAGAAUUGGGGGCGGCGCCGGCGGUGAUCGCCGCCGCCGACGAGCGCCUCGCCGCCCUCCUCCACGAAGCCCUCUGCAGCGCCUCGGACGGAAUUUGA